GAGCCUCCGGUGUCUGUCCCCGUGUCUCCAGGAGAAAUGAUGAGACUGUUGGUGAAGCAGCAAGUCCACGCGGCCGUUAAAGAGUCUUUUGGGCUGUUGGACACAUUGACAGCAGCUUAUGAGGACACCGUGUCUCAGUUGAGAGAACAAUGGCGACACACAUCAGAUGUCCAGCAGCAGGUAGGGAUUAAAGCAUAUGUCCCCCCUCAGGACCAGGAGGACCCGGAGCCCCUCCACAUAAAAGACCUGCAGGAUCUCUGGACCCGUCUAGAGGGAGAUCAGCUCAUUGUGCUGGAGGAGGCCGAUAUCGCCAAGUUCUCAUUCAUUGUUGUUACUUAAAAGAGUGAAGAUGACGAACCUCAGACCUCACAGCUUCAUCAAAGCCAGACGGAGGACGACAGAGAGGCGGAGCCUCCAGCCAGCAGCUCAGCUACACCGAUACAAACAGAAACUGAUGGAGAGGACUGUGGGGGAUCAGGACCAGACAGGAACCUAAAUCCACAUCGUCAUUCACAUCCAAAUGCUGUUGAUGAAGAGGCUUCAGACUCUUCUGAGACUGAAGCCAGUUGUGGUGAGUGGCAAGAAGCUUUGUCAGAUUCUGGACCUGGAAGUGUAGAUGGGGACAAUGUCUGGAAGGAGACCAGGGCACCUGAGUCUGAUGCACAUGCCCUGAAAUAUAAGGAAGCUCUUGUAAUUCAUGUGGGAUGUAACCCUGGCAACAAAUCCAAUGAGUCACUAUCAAAAGUGCUCAUGAGAAAGAAACCAUUCAGUUGUGAUGAGUGUGGGAAAAGAUUUGCAUUACAGGGAAAUCUGAAGAGACACAUGCUAGUCCACACAGGAGAGAAACCAUUCAGUUGUUACGAGUGUGGGAAAAGAUUUACACAACAGGGAGCUCUGAAGACACACAUAAGAAUCCACACAGGAGAGAAACCAAUCAGUUGUGACGAUUGUGGGAAAAGAUUUACACAUCAGGGCCAUCUGAAGACACACAUGAGAAUCCACACAGGAGAGAAACCAUUCAGUUGUGAUGAGUGUGGGAAAAGAUUUACACAACAGGGAACUCUGAAGACACACAUAAGAAUCCACACAGGAGAGAAACCAAUCAGUUGUGACGAUUGUGGGAAAAGAUUUACACAUCAGGGCCAUCUGAAGACACACAUGAGAAUCCACACAGGAGAGAAACCAAUCAGUUGUGACGAGUGUGGGAAAAGAUUUGCAGUACAGGGAAGUCUGAAGACACACAUGAGAGUCCACACAGGAGAGAAACCAUUCAGUUGUGAUGAGUGUGGGAAAAGAUUUGCAGUACAGGGAAGUCUGAAGACACAAAUGAGAGUCCAAACAGGAGAGAAACCAUUCAGUUGUGAUGAGUGUGGGAAAAGAUUUACAGUACAGGGAAAUCUGAAGACACACAUGAGAGUCCACACACGAUAGAAUGUGUUUCUUCCAGGAGUGACAAUUUCAAUAUGGAUGUUGUUCUCUUUCUAAUGUGUUUUUUUUUUUUAAAGUAAAAUGUUUGUAAUUGUUUCCCAUGUCAUUUCUUUGUUAAGGAGAUGGAAGGCAAAGUGUUUUCUAAUCAUUUGAUGAAUCUUUAUUUAAAACAAUGACAACAUACGUCUUUGAUGGAGGAAACUAAAAACAAACGAAAAACUCUGUACAAAUACGUCUGUAAUUAAAAUGUAUUUUCCCUGUAUUGUUUUAAAAUGUACAUAAAGAGACUUUUGCAAGUUCA